GUCCGGCCGCGGCGGUCCGCGCGGGACGAGCAGUGUCCCGCGGCCACCCCGAGUCCCGGCCAUGAGGAGCGAGCGAGACGCCAAAGCCAUGCGGUACCCGCAGCCGCCGGACGGGGCCGGCUCGCCCCCCGAGAGUCUGCGGAACGGCUACGUGAAGAGCUGCGUGAGCCCCUUGCGGCAGGACCCACCGCGCGGCUUCUUCUUUCACCUCUGCCGCUUCUGCAACGUGGAACUGUUGCUGCCGCCGCCGACCUCCCCCCAGCAGCCGCGGCGCGGCUCCCCCUUUUCCCGGGCGCGCCUCUUGCUGGGCGCCCUGGCCGCCUUUGUCCUCGCCCUGCUCCUCGCCUCGGGGCGGGAGAGCUGGGCUGCCCGGGCCGCGGGGCUGCGGACCCUGCUGAGCGUGUGCUCGCUCUGCCUCAGCCCCCUGUUCAGCAUCGCCUGUGCCUUCUUCUUCCUCACCUGCUUCCUGACCCGGACCCAGCGGGGCCCCGGGCCGGGCCGGAGCGGCGGCGGCGACUCCUGGUGGCUCCUGGCGCUGCCCGCCUGCUGCUACCUGGGGGACUUGUUGGUGUGGCCAUGGUGGUCCUGGCCCGAGGGGAACGGAGACGCCGGGGACCCCGCGCCCCCUUCGCCCCCGGCGGUGGCGGGCAGGUUGUUCUUGGUGCUGGUCCUCGUGGGCUUGCUGACGCUCGCGCAGCCGGGGAGGGUCCAGCACAGCUUCGUGGUGCUGCUCUUUGCCAGCUUCGUCUGGUGGGUCUCCUUCACCAGCCUCGGGUCGCUGCCUGCUGCCCUUCGGCCGCUGCUCUCCUGCCUGGCCGGGGGCGCUGGCUGUCUGCUGGCCCUGGGGUUGGAUCACUUGUUUCACAUCAGGGAAGCUCCUCAUCAUCCUCGGUUGUCCACUGCCGGGGAAGAAAAAGUGCCUGUGAUCAGACCCCGGAGGAGGUCGAGCUGCGUGUCGUUCGGAGAAACUUCAGCCAGUUACACUGGAAGUUGCAAAAUGUUCAGGAGACCUUCGCUGCCUUGCAUUUCCAGAGAACAGAUGAUUCUUUGGGAUUGGGAUUUAAAGCAGUGGUAUAAGCCUCAUCAGAAUUUUGGAGGUGGAAGUGGAGUUGAUCUUUCUGUUCUAAAUGAGGCUCGCAAUAUGGUGUCAGAUCUUCUGAUUGAUCCAAACCUUCCUCCACAAGUCAUUUCUUCUCUCCGGAGUAUCAGUAGUUUGAUGGGUGCUUUCUCAGGUUCCUGUAGGCCAAAGAUUAAUCCGCUCACACCAUUUCCUGGAUUUUACCCCUGCACUGAAAUAGAGGACCCAGCUGAGAAAGGAGAUCGAAAACUUCACAAGGGACUAAACAGUAGGACUAGCUUGCCAAUUCCACAGCUGAGGAGGAGCUCAGGAACUUCAGGUCUGCCGCUUACUGAACAGUCUUCUUCACGGUGGGAACGCAGUAAUGGCAGAAGACCUCAGCAAGAAUUUGGCAUUUCAAGUCAAGGAUGCUAUCUAAAUGGGCCUUUCAGUUCAAAUCUACUGACAAUCCCGAAGCAAAGGUCAUCUUCUAUAUCACUUUCUCACCAUAUAGGUCUCAGAAGAGCUGGUGCUUUUUCCAGCCUAAGUCCUGUGAAUUCUCCCAGUUAUGGACCAAUGUCUGCUAGUUCUCUAACUAAUCGAUCACCUAUAGAAUUUCCGGAUACUGCUGAUUUUCUUACUAAGCCAAGAGUUAUUUUACACAGAUCUUUGGGCAAUGUACCCAGUUCACCAGAUUUUUAUCAGCAACUUAAAAAUUCUGAUAGCAACUUAUGUAACAAUUGUGGACAUCAGAUACAGAAAUGUGUUUCAACUGCUGAAUCAGAAUCUGGUACAGAUUGCCACAGUGGAAAAUCAGGUGAUGAAGACAACACCAUUUUAUCAAGAGAAUCAUUCGACCUUGCAGAAGCUCAACAAAAGGAGGAAAGUGAAAAGAGAGACAGCAGAAAAUUGUUUCUGGAAGGUGAUAAUCACCUAACAGAAGCAGCACAGAACGAACAGCAACCAAAUAUUGAGCAGGAAUCAUCACUGGACCUGCUUCUAAUAGAAGAUUUUGAUUCAUUAAUAGAAAAAAUGAGCAACUGGAAUUUUCAGAUUUUUGAACUUGUACAAAAGAUGGGGGAGAAGUCAGGAAGAAUCCUCAGUCAGGUCAUGUAUACGUUGUUUCAAGACACUGGUUUAUUGGAAAUAUUUAAAAUUCCUGCUCUACAAUUCAUGAACUAUUUUUGUGCACUAGAAAAUGGCUAUCGAGACAUUCCUUAUCACAAUCGUAUACAUGCCACAGAUGUCCUUCAUGCAGUUUGGUACCUGACAACACGGCCGAUUCCUGGUUUACAGCAGAUCCACAAUGAUCAAGGAGCAGACAAUGAGACAGAUUCUGAUGAUAGAAUUAACACUGAGCGAAUUGCCUACAUUUCUUCAAGGAGCUGUUCUAUUCCAGAUGAGAGCUAUGGUUGCCUGUCUUCAAACAUUCCUGCAUUAGAAUUGAUGGCUUUGUAUGUGGCAGCUGCCAUGCAUGAUUAUGAUCACCCAGGGCGGACAAAUGCAUUUCUGGUGGCUACAAAUGCCCCUCAGGCAGUUUUAUACAAUGACAGAUCUGUUCUGGAAAAUCAUCAUGCUGCAUCAGCUUGGAACCUAUAUCUUUCUCGCCCAGAAUACAACUUCCUUCUUAAUCUUGAUCAUGUGGAAUUCAAGCGCUUUCGUUUUUUAGUCAUUGAAGCAAUCCUUGCCACAGAUCUUAAAAAGCAUUUUGAUUUCCUUGCUGAAUUCAAUGCCAAGGCCAAUGAUGUAAAUAGUAAUGGUAUAGAAUGGAAUAAUGAAAAUGACCGCCUCUUAGUAUGCCAGGUGUGUAUCAAACUGGCAGAUAUAAAUGGUCCAGCAAAAGCUCGUGACUUGCAUUUGAAAUGGACAGAAGGCAUUGUCAAUGAAUUUUAUGAGCAGGGAGAUGAAGAAGCAAAUCUUGGUCUACCCAUCAGUCCCUUCAUGGAUCGUUCUUCUCCUCAACUGGCAAAACUCCAAGAAUCGUUUAUCACCCACAUAGUGGGUCCCCUGUGUAACUCCUAUGAUGCUGCUGGUUUAUUACCAGGGCAGUGGAUAGAAGCAGAAGAGGACGAUGAUACUGAAAGUUGUUAUGAUGAAGAUGGUGAAGAAUUAGAUACAGAUGAAGAAAUAGAAGACAACCUAAGUUCUAAACCACAAAGGAGGAAAGGAAGGCGACGAAUAUUUUGUCAGCUAAUGCAUCACCUCACAGAAAACCACAAGAUAUGGAAGGAAAUCAUAGAAGAAGAAGAAAAAUGUAAAGCUGAUGGGAAUAAACUGCAGGUGGAAAGUUCUUCCUUACCUCAAGCAGAUGAGAUUCAGGUCAUUGAAGAAGCUGAUGAAGAGGAAGAGAGACAGUCUGAGUAGAGGACAGCCAUAUGAAGAAGCCCCAAAGGGUGGUGCUCGGUAUCAGAAAUCCUUGCUUAUUGUUCACCAUGCUGACUUUUACUGACCAUUCCUACGUGGCCAGGCCUUAAUACUGUGAGAGGGUCCUCGCUGUGCUGGGCUUUACCCUACUCCUAUGCACUUUCACCUCGUGGACUAGAAGACUAUUGGUAGAGCUUGGCUUCAGUUAACUCAUGUUGAAAAGUCCUUACUGCCUUCCCUGGUGUGUACAUAUUUUGUCACAAUACUGCUUUGCUAGGAAGUAAGCUUUUCAUGAAGGGGUAGCUAUAGCUGAAAAUUCAAGUGACUCUCGGCAGUUCCAGAGUGGCCUGAACUUUUUGUUUUCAUGAAACAGAUUCACAUUGUUUAUUUCC